AUGGUUCUCAAAGCAAUCUGUGCGCUCUCCUUCAUCCUCGUCGUAGCCCUCAGCACCUUGCCAGAGGGAAAUGCAUCACUGACAAAAUGCCAGUGCAAACAGGGCCCCAAGGAGCGGAAGAACUGCGGCUACCCGGGAAUCACAGCAGCGGAGUGCAGGAAAGCUGGGUGCUGUUUCAAUGCUUCAGUCGCCGGCGUUCCCUGGUGCUUUUCUCCUAAAGCAAAGAAAGUCAGGAAAGUGUGUCCCAACGAUUCUCGUGGCAGGAUAAACUGUGGCUUUCCUGGCAUCACGGCUAAGGAGUGCGAAAGGAGGGGCUGCUGCUUCAGGGCACAUCCCGCCGGUGUCCCCUGGUGCUUCUACCACCGCACGGUGGAGGAAGGUAAUGUCCUGCACAAAGACGUUGUCCCUGUGGACACACCACAGCUCCUGGCAGAGUCCCUGCUCUGCCCGGGCUUGGCACGCUCUCACAUCUACUUUAUCACAAGAGAUAAAAGGCUUUGCUUUAGAAAAGUGGAAUGA